AUGGCCAAGGAAAGCCGCUCGUCCGUUGGACAGACGGGGGGAAAUCGUGCAAAGGCCAUCAAGGCCGGCCGCUGGUACCUUAAGGACACCGCCACCCGCCAUCUCGCGGUUGACGGCCCCGAAAGUGCAGUUCCAGGCUACUCAUUUUGUACGGAAUGUCGCAGCCUCGCAACAUACAAGACUUUUGACGACGCCGCUUCGCAUCUGCAACGGCAACAUCUCCUAGUGACGGGCAUUCACCCGAACAAGGCAGAGUUGCGAGCCUUGUGUCACCGCUUCCAACAGCAUUUUCUGAGGGAAACUAUCGAAACAGAGCAUGGAAGUAGUGUUAUAGCCGCGCUCACCAGCCUGAGCGGACAGACAUCGCGCCUAGACAGAAUCUAUUGGUGGAAAGCGGGGGUUGUCUGCGAAUCGGACCAUUUCCUAGUCAUGCUUCGAUAUGAACAUUCGAUCGCUGACAGGAAGAAGAUCCUUGAAUCCGGCCUAGGUGGAAGCAAGCCAGUGUUGACGUUGAUGAAAGAUGUGCUGCCUUGGGGGGAGUUGGCGGCUCGUGGGUUGGGCGACGAGGGCAGGGUGGAGAUCGACGGCGGCGGCAAGGACGACGGUGGCCCAAUCUGGACGAAAAGCCACGGCGCGGUGGAUGGCCGUGAUGAAGAUGACAUAUCGGAGACCGUCCCAGUCAAGUGUAUCCUUGGAAGUCCUCCUCUGGGCUUGGCUGGUUUUGUUGGGUCCGACCGAGGUGGCGGCCAUGGGUCGAAAGAAAGGCCGAUAAUAACUCUUUGGCCGGAAUGACUUGGUCUUGAACCCAAGCAAGACUCUCCGCUACUGAUUCUAUCACCUCUACUCUCAAAGACCCCGAAGCCAGCCCGCUGAUUCUCCCCGUCCACUCCCACCUGAUAACCUCUUUCCCUUUCGCGCCAGUCAUCAAGUUUCCACAAUGUCCGUCGAUAUGCACCCUCUUCAAUGCGGGAAACCCUCCCGAACAAUCUUUCCAGCAAGCUCCGCAGCUACGACGCGCCUCGACAGGAAGGAUCGCCAAUGCUCAUCGCCUCUCCUCUUGCAGAUAGCUGUUGCCUCACGUGGAGCCGCCGUCGAAGCCUAGCCAUAGCUAGGAUGACCAGAGCAAGUGAAGCUGAUGAAGAUUCGGUGCAGCACUGAGAGCCUUGACGAGAUACUUCGCGAGCUGGACUUAGACCCCUGCAUGACAUCGAUGGAAGCCGAAAGCCCUUGGAUGCUUGGACCAAGGGCUCGAGAACACCUACCCUGAG